CUUCCAGUAAUUCGCCAAAAUGACGAACACAAAGGGAAAGAGGAGGGGAACGCGAUAUAUGUUCUCUAGGCCUUUUAGAAAGCAUGUUCCUUUGGCCACAUACAUGCGAAUCUACAAAAAGGGUGAUAUUGUAGACAUCAAGGGAAUGGGUACUGUACAAAAAGGAAUGCCACACAAAUGUUAUCAUGACAAAACAAGAAGAAUCUACAAUGUUACCCAGCAUGCUGUUGGCAUUGUUGUAAACAAGCAAGUUAAGGGCAAGAUCCUGGCCAAGAGGAUUAAUGUGCGUAUUGAGCAUAUUAAACACUCAAAGAGUCGUGAUAGCUUCCUGAAACGUGUCAAGGAAAAUGAUCAGAAAAAGAAGGAAGCCAAAGAGAAAGGUACCUGGGUUCAACUAAAGCGCCAGCCCGCCCCGCCCAGAGAAGCACACUUUGUGAGGACCAAUGGGAAGGAGCCUGAAUUGCUGGAACCCAUUCCCUAUGAAUUCAUGGCAUAAACUGGGGAGGGAGCUCUGCCAUUCAGCACCUAAUGGGAGGCUAAGUGUAUGUCAGGUCUUAACUCAGUGGUGUUUUUCUUGCUGAAAGAUACUGCUGAGGUAUUGUGUAGGUUAUCCCAAAUGGCCGAAUAUUUAUGAAAUAUUUAUAUUGGCUUGAAGAUCCAGUGGGGAAAAGAUCACCACGGGGCAGAGAUAUAUCAAAAUAAAAUAAAGGUCACUUCAGUUAAAUAAAGGGAA